GUGGCUUCCUUAUCAGUGCGGUACAGGCAGCCUCGAUCUCUUAUCCGUGACUGCACCUUGCAAGACUGUAUCCUUUCCUGGUCUUUACAUAGGAAAUCUGCACAAUCCAGGCACUCCAGAGGAAAAAAAAACUUAAAAGCACACAAAUGGAGGCUGAAGAAAAUGGCUCUGUCCAGAUCCCCUCAGACCAGAGAGGCUAAACCGGAGGGGAUUGCUGCAGUGGCACACUUACAGUUGGCAGAAGAAGAAAGAUGAUGGAGAAAUUCGAGUCCUGUCCAUCCCCAGAUACCGGAGACUCCCGCAGUCCCAUGAAGACAGAGCCGAGACAAAUUAGUGAGUCCCUGACUGACGAGGGAGAUGCAAGGCAAACCACGGCCCAAGCUGCUUCUGACUCUACCCCCGGGGAGCGCACUCAGUCAAGCAAGCAAGAGACAUCAGAGCCCGUUUCCAUGGAAACCCCUUUGAGCUCCUCAGGAAGCCUGCCGCCGGAGGUACCAGUGAUCAGCCUGGGUCACAGCAAGCUCCACCCGGGUGCGCAAAGCCCCCAGGUUAACGGAGGGGCCAGGAUGGUGCAGACCACUGAACUGACGACCCUGCACCCCAUCCCAUCCCUCGUCCAGUGCUCCGACAGCAGGAUGGUGCGACUCUCCAACCACCCAGUGGGGUCCCUGCCGAUUCACGGCCCUCUCCUUGCCACCCAGUACCAGCCUCACGGCCUGAUCAACAGUGCAUAUAUUGGAGCAGCCAGCACUUUCAGCAUGUUCCCAGCUAACAGGAUCAAGAGAAGGCUUUCAAGCCAUUAUGAAAUGGAGGUGCAUGAUGGGCCUCCUCAGAAAGUGGUGCGUCGAAUGUUCACCAACAGCCGAGAGCGCUGGAGACAGCAGAAUGUCAACGGGGCCUUCUCAGAUCUACGCAAGCUCAUCCCGACCCACCCCCCCGACAAAAAGCUCAGCAAGAACGAGAUCCUGAGGCUGGCCAUGAAGUACAUCAACUUCCUGGUGAAGCUGCUCAAUGACCAGACGGUGCAAGAGGAUCUCGAGGCGAAACUCCGACCUCCCCUCAGGAAGAAUGGUAUGUGCGGCUCCCACAGCCCGGACUCUCCCCACCGGGACACGGCGACGGACAGAGCUCCCCCUCCUGAAUCCUUAACCGUCCCCCAAAAGUUGGGCCUGAUAGCGAUGCCAGCCAUGGCCCUGAGAAGGCAACUGUCAUCAGUCACCACCGCAACCACCUCACCUUCGUCCAGUUGCUAUGGCGAUGGAGGGAGCCCAAACACUGAGGAGGAGGAUCAGGAACAUUUGAUAAAGACAGAGCGAGAAACGCAGGAGCCGAGUCUGGUCUCUGCAUUGGCCACAGCUCAUCGAUGAUGAACGGAAAUUGGCAAGGGAUAACAAGAAAGAGAGAAGGGGAAUGUCAAGCCCAGACUCCAAUUCCCACCAUUGGUUCAAUCCUGCUUGGACUGGGUUCGGAGAGCAUUCCGAGUUGAACGUUUAGUGCCAAGGUGGAGAACUGGAAGGUAGCUUUAGUUCCCACCCUGAGUGGCACAUCAGCGAAGCCUAUCUUUGUCAAUCCAGAGGCCUGUUCUCUUCGAGUGACCCAGGCAAUAAUGACCAGGUGAGGACCCAACACACAAGGCCUGGGGCAACAUGGAGAGUAUUGAUUCUAAGACAAUGCCAUGUAUUUUGUUGACAAAGUCUCUUCUGUGAAGGUGAAACCAUUUAGCCGAAAGGUAAAAUGUUCCAGUGUGUCAGGAACAGCACUUGGCAUGGUGCCCUGUCCAUUAACACAUGGAGGAUAUUAGGUCAUUUCAAGUGUGAUAUUGUAUGACAGACCACAGAUAUGUGAUGGCGUGAGGAGUCUGGUUGGUGGAAAACCUCAUUUCCCCCCACCCCAUCACCUUGAGUUGCAGGAGGUAGUUUCCCUGCCUCUGAGUCAAUAACCCUGAGCUCGACCAACUUGAGGACUUGAUAGUGUGGCCAAACAAGUAGAGAACUGCAGGUUUUUCCCGCUGACACCAGUAGUGGGCGCUAAGGGCAGGCGAGAUUCCUGGCCAGCCAUAGGACAGGAUGAAACUGAGCAUCACCAUCGAGGUGGUAACAUGCUUUACAUUAAAAAAAAUGCAAAUUGCCAAAGCAGCUUCCCAUGUGAACUGGAGGACACCACCGCCAGCUCACGCUGUCAAUUAUGUGGGGGUGGGUGGGGGGUAGGGAAUGGAUAGGGAGUGAAGAAAUGCCUCCACGCACCAUGAGAAAUGAUCCCCUCAUUCUCGGUGAGUGUGCUGAGGUGCUGUGCGCUGAGAAAAUCUUCCCCCGGCUCAGUUUUUGCCUCCCGCUGAUGCCUCAGGUUAUUGAGGGAUGCUAAGUGGGGCUGGAUCGUUGUGUGUCAGCCCAUUCAUUAUCUUAGAUACACACGCUCCUGCAAGAGAGCUUUUGUUUAUAUAGGAGUUGUGAGGUCCUGAGCCAAUUUUCAAAUUGAUGAAUCUUAUGUAAACCAGUAUCUAAAGCAUGGUGGCUCAGUGGUUAGCACUGCUGCUUCACCCACACCAGUGACCUGGGUUCGAUUCCAGCCUGGGACAACUGUCUGUGUGGAGUUUGCCCAUUCUCCCUGUGUUUGUGUGGGGGUUUCCUCUGGGUGUUCUGGUUUCAUAGAGUCAGACAGCACAUGAACAGACCUUUCGGUCCAACCAGUCUGUGCUGACCAUAAUCCCAAACUAAACUAGGCCCACCUGCUUGGCCCAUAUCCCUCCAAACAUUUCUUAUUCAUGUACUUACCCAAAUGUCUUGUAAACUUUUGUGACUGUACCUGCAUCCACCACUUCCUCUGGAAGUUCAUUCCACACUCACUAUGUAAAACAAUUGCCCUCCCAUCUUAAAAAUAUGCCCCCAGUCAUGAAAUCCCCCAACUGAGGGAACAAACACCUGCUAUUCACCUUAUCUAUGCCCUUCAUGAUUUUAAAAAUCUCUGUAACGUUACUUCUCAGUCUCCCAUGCUCCAGUGAAAAUGAUCCCAGCCUCUCCUAUCCUUCCCCAAUCCAAAGAUAUGCAGGUUCGGUGGAUUGGCCAUGGUUAAUAUGAGGAUAGGGGACAGGGUUGGGUGUGGGUCUGAAUGGGAUGCUUUUCGGAGGGUUGGUGCAGACUCUGUGGGCUCAAUGGCCUCAUUAGGGAUCCUCUGAUCUGAUGUGGACAGAAUAGUGUAAUAAUUAUUUCUCAGAAGCCUUUUCAUUGUAAUCGUAGAAGGCCGUUUAGGAUUGAGAUGAGGACAGAUUUUUUUUCAGUCAGAGAAUGAUGAAUUCACAACCAUUGAAGGCCAAAUCAUUGAGUCUAAUUCAGAAAAAGAUAGACUUUUUUUAGAUUUUUAAAGGAUUCUAAGGAUAUAGGGAGAAAGCGGCAAGUGAGAUAGAGAACCAGCCAAGAUCUGAUUGAAUUAUGGGCUAGGUUUGGAAGGCCGAAUGGCCUGCUCCAAGUUUCUGUGUUUUUAAUGUCAUCAUCAGCUGACUACCAAUGUGGAAUGUGAGUGGGUUUUGCAGGGUUCGGAGGAGAACAGAUCUGGAAAGCCUUGAUUAGUGCUCUGCUAUAUCGACUUUUGCAUGAGGUGAUCUCCGCCCUGCCCGAAAUCAAGUGCAACUUUUGGUUAGAAAAUUUUAGACAAUUUUUUUCAACAAGUUAAUGUACCAGGAUGUGGGUGUUGCUGGCUGAGCCCAGCAUUUAUUGCCCGUCCAUUGUUGCCCCUUGAGAAGGUGGUGGUGAGUCGCCAUCACAUAGGCUGACCCACAAUGCCAUUAGGGGGAGAAUUCAAGGAUUCUGACCCAGUGACAGUGAAGGAACAGUAAUAUAUUUCCAAGUCAGGAUGGUGAGUGGCCUUGGAGGGGAACUUGCAGGGGGUGCUGUUCCCAUGUAUCUGCGGCUGUCGUCCUUCUAGUUGGAAGUGGUUGUUAAUUUGGAAGGUGCUGUGUGGGGAUCUUUGGUGAAUUUCCGCAGUGCAUCCUGUAGAUGGUACACACUGCUGCUCCUGAGCGUUGGUGGCGGAGGGAGUGGAUGUUUGUGGAUGUGAUGCCAAUCAAUCGAGGCCUGCUUUGUCCUGGAUGGUGUCAAGCACAUUGAGUAUUGUUGGGGCUGCACUCAUCCAGGCAAGUGGGGGGUAUUCCAUCACCCUCCUGACUUGUGCCUUGUAGAUAGUGGACAGACUUUGGUGAGUCAGGAGGUGAAGGAUUCACUGAAGGAUUCCUAGCCUCUAUCCUGUUCCUGUAGGCAAUAGUAUUCAUGUGGCUAGUCCAGUUCAGUUUCUGAUCAAUGUUAACCACCAGGUUGGAUGUGGAUGGUAAUAUUGAGGUGGCAUGGUUAAAUUAUCCUUUUGGAGAUGGUCAUUGCCCACUACUUGUGUGAUGCAGAUGUGACUUGAGAUCAGGUAAGGCAAGGGAACCUUUGUUGGAUGUAAGAGUCCUACAUAAACAUUGGCUAUACAGGCUCACUCUCAUUCCUACUGAGAGCUGGUCCAUGGGAUGGAGUUAGCUCCUGGCAUUCUGAGGCCACAGACCUCUCUGAUUGAGGUCACAUGCAUUGGAGGUACUUCAAAAGAGAUUUGCUGGAUUGAAAGCUGGAACAAGUGGGUCGUCUUAUGAGCAAAGUUUAGAUGGGUUGGACUUGUUGCUGCUAGAAUUUAGUAAAGUGAGGCAGUGAUUUGAUUGAAGUACACAGAAUCUCAAAAAUCCUUGACAAGCUGGACUCAGAGUGGCUCAGCGGUUAGCACUGCUGCCUCAGAGUGCCAGGGACCUGGGUUUGAUUCCACUGCUGGGGGAGCUGUCUGUAAGGGGUUUGCAUGUUUUACCUGUGUCCACAUGGGUUUCCUCCUGCAGAUUAGGUGGUUUGGCCAUGCCAAAUUGCCCAUUGUAUUUGAGAUAAGAGGAACUGCAGAUGCUGGAGAAUCCGAGAUAACAAAGUGUAGAGCUGGAUGAACACAUUAGGCCAAGCAGCAUCAGAGGAGCAGGAAAGUUGAUGUUUC